UAAAUCCUGCCCGCCGUCACCUUUUUUUCACUCGAAGUAACAUUCUACUAUUUUUUUCUUUUCUACAACUCUUCUAUUACAAAUCAAUUACAUCAAUCACAUCAAUCGAUAUGGAAGCUCCUUCGUCACGCCAGAGUCGAAUGGCCAUCGACUCUAUCCUCAACCCUUCGGGGCCAUCGUCUGACUCUGCGUCUUAUACAUCACCUGUCUCUCCAUCAUACUAUACCUACUCUUCAGAAGGCUACUAUCCUUCUCAUCGUCAUUCUCACCACUAUAAACGCCAAUACCCAUACCCUUACCCGGAGAGCACAAGAGCAUCCUUCUCGUUCCCUCAAGGCCCAGUCCCGAUCACCUCGACAGAAUCCUCUCCCAGCCCCUACUCCAGAGACCGCUACGACUCCGUCUCCAGCAGCUCCAGUCUCACCGCACCAACAACCUCCUCAAUUGCCUCAAGAGCCUCCACCCCCUCCACAGCAACCACAGCAUCAACAGGCUUGGAAUCAGGCGACCGCCGCCGCCCGCCACGCCCCAAGUACGAAGAAGAAGAGAUGUACUUCAUCUGGUACCACCGCGUCGAUCUCUGCCAGGAGUGGAAGGAAGUCCGCGAGUGCUUCAACCGCCAGUUCCCUAACCGCCAGCGCAGCGGCUUCCAGGGUAUCCAGUGCAAGUUCUACCGCUUCAUCAAGGACAAGAGGUGUCCUACGCUACGGGAGCAGAGGCGGAUGCGCGAUGGGGAGUUCUUGCAGCAGCCGUCGAGUCCGGAGUAUCACUCGUCUGGGACGACGGGGUCAGGGGGCUCGGAUGUGGGACCGCCGAAGUUUGGGGUUGUUGAGUGGAUGGGGGUUUGGUAUCCGUGGAUGAGGGAGAAUCAGGAGCAGGUUAGGAUUAAGAAGAUAUCGCGUUGAUUCUUUUUUUUCUUUUGCUUUUUGCCCUUCUGUACGGUGUACAGGGGGGUUAAUUAUGACGAGGACUCCAUGACCAAGAUACCUUUUUUGUUCUUCUUUAUUUUUUUAUUAUCAAUAUUUUUAUUAUUUUUAUUUUUUUACUUAC